CCGAGAAGUUUGCACCAAGUCAGGUUAACUGCUGCGCGGCGCUGCACCUGUCGCGAAAGUAGCUCACUUGCGCUUUAUCUCAGAUUUACCUAUUGAUUUAAAAUGCGUCAAUAAUUGUGCCCGAACCGAUCAGCCGUAUCAACACAUUAACUAAUCAAAAAUCAUGAAGAGGGGACCGUUGAAUUUUCUGGGUCGAAAGAACCAGUCUCUUUUCGACACAAAUAUUAAAAUCAAGGACAUGGACAAAAUGGAGCUGGUGUUGGGAUCAACAGCGAUCCCCGAGUCAGGAACUGCCAGCGUGCGGGCCAGACCCACUGUCAACCAUCACACUUCCUCAUCUGACAGUUUUCAAGGGUUUGCCGUCCCGACACCCAAAGUCCCCCUCCUCCCCCCUGUCAAGGGUCCAAAGAUCAACGGUUUAGACAGUGGAGAUCGCUUGUCCAAUGGAUCUGUUAUAUCUGUACCUGACCUCUUAGAGGGGGAAAUAUUUGUUCCACCUCCUCCCUCUAUGGCACCUCCACCCCCCCCAGGGACGUUUGUGCCGCCUCCACCAGACUUCAUGGGUGACCUGAACAGUCUAAAUUUGGCAACUCCGUCUCCUUCCAUGUCUACUCCAAAACCGACCUCACUGGCACACUUCAGGGAGGAGGAAGACUUAACCUUCAUAAAACCGCCACCAAUGGCUCCACCAAAGCCUCCAUCUACUAACACUAUUGGCUCUGUAUCAUCAGUACCCAGUUCUAUUCCACCAUCUGCCAAAGUUUUUGAGCGUCCAACCUUUGCCCCACCACAGCCCCUUCCUGAAUGGCUACACAAGACUAAUAAAAAACCACCUACAAAACCCGUUAGACUGUCCUCUAUUAUGAACUUUGACUCCCCACCACAGAGUCCUGCCCCACCUCCCCCUGUGCAGACAUCCACAUUGUCUACUUUCAAUCCCCAAAACACAGCAAAGCUUUACAAUGUUCCUAAUACCUCCAUUCUCCGUGGGUAUGAGGAGCAUGACUCAAGGUCCAAGCAGAUGUUGCUCCUGGAAGAUUCUGCCUCUGUUAACACUGCCCCAGUGCUUGUCCAGGUGGAUGGGAAAACCCCUAAAGUGGCUACACCAUCUAAACCAGUUUUAAAAGAUGUACAGGAGCUGAAGGAGAACUUACAAAUUAUCCAACCCCCUCAAUCACCCUUGCCUGAGCCUAACAAGGAGGCUAAAACAGGGACAGUUUCAGCACAACCAGAAAUAGACAAACCGCUCCAGACUCCACAUCUACCGUCACCACAGCUUCAGAAACCUAACAGUUCUUUGGUGAAUUCAGAGCCCAUCAAGGACAAACUUGAAGGAUCUCCAAGUCGAGGUCGCAAAUUCAGUCCAAUAAUAGAUCGUAAACUACGCAACCUGAAGAGUAGUGAAACCCACGGGACACGAGAUGGACCUGCUGCUUCCCCGCUGGCUCUUUUAAAGGCAGCUAAAGAAAGAGAAAAACAUAGAUUAAGUCAUCCUCUGUCACGGGAAAACAGUGCCAAGACAAAAGAGCAGCCUAGUGCAAGCAUUCACCAGAGUGUCUCAAGUCCCAAUUCAUUCAUCGUCACCCCAAAGUCCAGCUCACCCUCUUCUCUAACAUCUGUAGAGAGAGUACAGGAAAGUCUGAAGGAUUUCAGUUCUGUGGUACAUACGCAAACAAUUCAGACGCCAGAAAAAUCCAGCAGUCCUGCUCUGGUCAGCAAUCAGAUGCCAUCCACAAAUUCAGUUCUCAGUAGGAUGGCUGCAAGUACCACCAACCUGGCUGAGCAGAGACACAAUGCAGUGCAAAGCCAUUCAAAGUCUCCACCCAUACAGCAUGAGGAUUUAAGUAUGCCAUUUCUCCCUCCGCCACCAGAGUUUGAUGAUUUUGACGAGAUUAUGGAGCCCCCUCCUUCCAUCCCUCCACCUGACCCUCCCAUGAAAAAGGCACCAACACCAACUGAGAUCCCUCUCACUCCAUCUCACGUUCCACCUCCGCCUCCAAAACACAAACCAGCAGCUCCAAAACUCCCACCUCCUGACAUCGAUGUCAAACCAAAGCUGCAAGUCCAGACAAAAGCCAAGGCGGCCCCUGCUCAGCUUCCAUCCAAUCUUUCACCCAGUCAGGCCACACUCCUGAGCAUCUUACAAAAAAAGAUGUUGGAAAUGGACAACAAAAUAGCCCCAGUGAAUGAGGCAGAGUCCAGUUCUGAUGACUGGGGCGCCCCCUUCUCCGAGGAGCACAUUAAGGUCCCCGUUGUCCCCAGAGCCAUACCACAGAGCAAGAGUUACCCUGUGGUUAACAAAGCAGCAACCCUGGACAUGCAGGAGCUUGAGAAUAAAUUAGUCAGAAAAAAGGAAGUGAAAGUUCCCACCAGCAAUGGAACACAGUCAAAACAUCCGUAUGGUAUGACCUUUACGAUUCGGCCUGGAACUAAACAGCCUAUUACUCCGGUCAGUAAAGAGGAUCCUUAAUGCUAUGUUCUAUUAAGAUAGGUCUUCUUCUGUUAGCACACAUUUCAUGUGAUUGGAUGAUGUGAUUUUGCAUCAGAACAAAUUUGUACAAUGGGGGGAAAACACUUUGAAGAAAUGUCGUUAAAAAAAUAUUAGGAAUGUCUCAUAACAAUGGUCUGCUCAGUUCUGAAUAUACGCUGAUUGUCUUUAUUGAUCUUUGGAGAGCACACUAUCACUGUCAUAUAGUUUUCUGUUUUGUAUAUUAAGUGUCAGUCAAAGGACCACUUUUUUUCCUUUUGGCUGCUGCUGUUUAUUCAGUGUUGAAGUAUAUGUUGCCUUUUUAAUCAAAACUUUGGGUCACAUGGGUGAUACUUUAAUAUGCAAAUUCUAAAAGGCUUCACAUUUAAGUAACUCAAAGCUUUGAAGUAUAUGCUGAGUAAAAAAUUAAUCUGCAUUACACUACAAAUUUCUGGAUGUUUUUGUAAGAUGUGUCUGUACUCUUGAUUGUAAAAUACAAUAAUAAUGUAAAAUGCAAUUAUGGUUAAUAUACUGUUACAUGUACAUUAUUUAGGUCCACUGGAAUGAAGCCAACCGUUAAUUGUGUGUUUAUCUCAUUAGGUUUGUUUCUCAUAUUUAUUGAUCUUUUUUUUUUCAUUUGUAUAAUAGUUUCUUUUUUUCUGCAGUAAAGUGUCCAAGUAUCUACACUAAUGCUGUACAUAUCAGUUUAUAUAAGAUUACAAAAGAACUUAAUAUUGUAAGAUGUAGUUUUAUGUAAUGAUAAAGUUAUAAUGAAAAUAUUUAAAAUAUUGGUUGUAGUCUUUAAGCACCAAAUGUUGUCCAACUAACUGGAAAUAAAAUCCAAGCAGUAAUUGCGUGUUUAAAUAAA